CUGCGCCGUCUCGCCCAGGGACCCGCCAUUGGCCUCCCUCGUAGCCGUCGCCCUCCGGCCGGCCCCCGUUCCCGCGGAAUAUGAAACUAAGGACAAAGCGGCCUGGAUGGAAGUCCCUUGUGCCUCUGCAGUUGAGCAGGAAAUCCGCCAUGCGGUUCUUUUUGUUUCCCAAGGUUCAGGCAUCCGGUCAAUCACCAAAUGAUACUCCAGUUUAUCUUAAUGUGUAUGAUUUGACACCCAUGAACGGCUAUAUAUAUUGGGCAGGCCUUGGUAUAUUUCACUCCGGCAUUGAAGUUCAUGGCGUCGAAUAUGCAUUUGGAGCACAUGAUUAUCCCACGAGUGGUGUAUUUGAGGUAGAACCCCGUCAAUGUCCUGGUUUCAGAUUCAGGAGAUCGAUAUUUCUUGGUACGACGUGCUUAGAUCCUAUCCAAGUUAGGCAGUUCAUGGAGCUGCAGUCAGUAAACUACAAUGGAGAUACUUACCAUCUUAUAAUGAAGAACUGCAACCACUUCUGCAAAGAUAUGUGCUACAAGUUGACCGGCAGCAAAAUUCCCAAGUGGGUGAAUCGGCUUGCCAGAAUAGGUGCCAUUUGCAACUGCCUCCUCCCGGAGUCACUCAAGAUCUCCCCCGUCGGCCACGAUCCAAAUAGCCAACCUGAAGAUUCGGAGAAACGGCGGCUGCGGAAUCCGUUGAGCUGCUUCUCCUCCAUCUCCAGCCAAAAACAGCUCCCAUCGUCCUCCCCGUUCCCUCCCUCGCCCGUGAAAGAGCCCCUUCCGAGCUGUUCAUCGAAGAAGUCCAGCACCGCGUCGCUGAGGAAUAGGUAGCCAGCGUAACUUUUGGUAUCAAGUUGGCUAAUUCGGGCGGCGGCGCAUCUGGACGGCAAUAGCAUGUGCUGUUGUGGCUGCCAUUUAAUUUUUUCCUCGGUAUCAGCCUAGCGCUUCCUGAUGUUGUUGUUGUAUCAUGUAAUCCCCGUGACAAAGUGCUGCUACAGAUCUCAUUUGGGUGUGUGGAUGCAGCUCGAUUCCCACCCACUCGUGUACUCGUGAUAGACUCUGGACAGAAUGGAUCUGUAUAUUAAUCCUCUAUUCUUUCAGCUGUGGAAGUCUCAUCAUUCCUAA